UCCAUUCAGAAAGAAAUCACACAAACCCAACCAAAAAACCCGACACUGUAAGCCUACACCACCGCCGCAAGGAGUGGCAUACUGCCGCCGGCCGUCGCACUCAAAGGUCGCCAUCCGUCAUCUAGCUUCCCUCGUGCUCCAACUUUUUAACCGCUGUUCGCUGUCACCGAUCGCGGCUGCUUCCUCGAGCUCGGCGUCCGUCGUCUUUGUCUGCUCAGGCGAGCUUCCGUCGCCGUUUGUUUGCCGUUCACGUUCGCGUCUUCGUUCGCGUUCUUCGCCGUUCACGUUCGCUCGGCGUUCACCGUUCUCGUUCACUCGCGCUUCACCGUUCGAGUUCGCAUUCGCGUUCGUCUGGAAGCGACGUUGCUCUGAUUCAAACUCUGCGACCAACCCGCGCGCUCCACCUAGCCGUCGAACUGCUCUCUUUUGUAGCCGAAAUUCUCUGAGGUAUAUAAGAAUUAAGAAGGAAGACUAUUUCAAUGGUAUUACUCUGUUGAUUCUGGUCUGCUACAAGCUUGAACAUAGAAUUGAAGAGAGAAAAACCUUUAAUUUGUCUCCUAGCUUGAUGAUCAAAUGAUGAAGAUUCAAUAAAAAGAUAUUGUUUUGUCUUGCGAUAAUUGAACGGGAGGCCAUUGAAAUGGCAAGCUACUUGUGGAGAAAAUAUGCAGACUACUUGUACACAAAAUGGGAGAAAACCUUUCUUUGGGACAUGGUGGCGCCUUAUAGAAGGCCCAAAUCCUUUACACCUUUAGUCACAAUUUAUAUAGCUGCUUUCUACACUGGAGUUGUUGGGGCUGCCAUCACUGAACAACUCCACAAGGAAAAGUAUUGGGAAGAGCAUCCAGGCAGAGUUGUGCCUCUCAUGGAACCAAAGUUUUAUUGGGGUCCGUGGAGGAUUAUGCGAGGAGACGUACCAUCUCCACCACCAUCUCAAUGAAAGCUGUGAAAUCGAAAGGUUGGAACUUGUUCUCUUCAUGGAAAGCAUACUAUAAUAUUUAUAAAUAGCAUUAAUAAUUUUUACAACAGCUUUACUUACUAGUUGAGCUUAUCCCUCUUUGUAAAUUUGUGCUGAUUUAUAUGUUGUUUUUCUUUUGUUUAUUGACUUGGACAGUAGGACUUGACAAAAGCAACAUGAAGCUUUGUUAAUUAACUUGGCUUCUGUUAGUCGGACAACACAAGUUCCAUCAUAAAAUUUGAAAAUGCAAUUACAUAUUUGGUGUAGAAUAUUCAAACAGUGCAUUGACUUUUAAGCAUUCAUAAAAAUAAUGUGAAUAAAAGAAGUGAUAAUCCCAAAUAUCUAGGAUGCUAUUUUCAUGUUUGUAGUUCUUUCACUUAGGGCAAAUUUAGAUAAACAACUUAAGUAAGAUCUAAGAUCAAAUGUUGGUCGCUA